AUGGAAAAGAUGGAGGAGCAAUCACAAGACACGCCCCAGCGACUUGUAAAGCGGAGUUUGCUUGCACCGAGGCAACGCGAGGAGACGAAAUCACAUGAUCACCUUUCUUUCCCCACUACUCUUUCCUCUUUCUCUUCCUUCUUGUCUACCCUUUUUUCCCACGUACUCUUUUCUUCCCUCUUACCUUUUCCUCCUUGUCUUUUCUCCCUGCCCGUCUACUCUUUCUUUUUUCCUACUCUUUCUUUCAUUUUGUCUACCCUUUCUGUACUCCUAUACCUUACCUUUUCUUCCACUUUCCAGUUUACCUUUCUUCCCUCUUACCUUUUCUUCCUUCCUGUUUACACUUUCUUCUCUCCUACCCUUUCCUCCGUCUUACCUCUUGUCUACCUUUUCUUAUUUCCUGUCUACCCUUUAUUACUUCCUGCCCUUUCCUCGUCGUCCCCCCACUUGUAUACCUUUUCUUUUCUCCUAUUCUUUCCUCCUCCUUACAUUUUUCUUCUUUCUUGUCUACCUCGUCUGGUCUUUCCUCUUCUUUAUUUUUUCUUCAUUCCUGACUCGAUUUUCUUCUCUCGCACUUAUUCUUUCAUUGUCUACCUUUUCUUCCCCCCUACCUUUUUAAACCCGCUUAAACUUUUUUUUUCUUUCUGUCUAUUCUUUAUUCCCUCCUACUUUUUCUUAUACGAAAUUCACUAUACUUUCUUUUUCUUUCCCUCCUCAUCGCUUCAUCUUUUCUUUUUUUUCUUUCAUUUAUCAUUUGUUCUAUUUCACUUUCAUAUUUUUGUUCUUUCUUUUCUCUUUCAUUCAUUCAUUCUUUCUUUCUUUAUUUAUUUAUUUAUUUAUUUAUUUCUCCCCACGUCUUUUUGUCUAUUCUUUUUCUUUUCUUACAAUUUCCAUUUAUUUCCAUUUUUUCUCUUUCAUUCAUUCAUUCAUUCAUUCAUUCUUAAUUUAUUUCUUCUUUUCUUCCCUUUUUCUUUUUUAAUCCUCUUCUUUCUUUCAUUAUUUUGUUCUUCGUUCAUUUAUAUUUUUACUUCGAUUUUCUAUUCUUUCGAUAUCCUUCCUACCUUCUUUCUUUCUUUUUCUUUCUUUUCAUUCUUCUUUCAUUCUCUAUGUUCUUUUCAUAUCUAUCUAUCUAUCUAUCUAUCUAUCUAUCUAUCUAAGGAUUUUGAUCUUUCUCUGUCUAUUUACCCAUCUUUUUAUACCUAUCUCUUAUUUUGUUCAUUAUCCAUCUUUCUACCUAUCUCACUCUAUACAUAUAUAUCUAUUUAUCUAUCUGUAUAUAUCAUUAAAUGGUGUUCAUCACCCCCUCUCUCUCUUUCUCUCUCUCUCUCUCUCUCUAUCUAUCUAUCUAUCUUAAUCUUUUCAUAUCUAUUUCUGAUUCUCUUCAUAUCUCUCUCUUUGGACCUUUCCAUCAAAAUCCUUUUUUUUCAGCUCUCACUCUCUUCUUUCUCAGCCUAA